AUGAACGACCUCUUAUGUAAUUCAAAAAGCCCGCAAAGAUUCAGCUAUGGUGGUGGAGAUAUAGAAAGUGGAAUGCAAUCUGGAGAAUUAAACUUGGUUGAAUUCUUCAGAAAGGUUCAAGGCAUCGAGCAUGAAUUUGAGAAGCUUAAUAAACUUUUAAAAAAACUACAGGAUGCUCAUGAAGAAUCAAGAUCUGUAACCAAGGCUGCAGCCAUGAAAGCAAUCAAGAAACGAAUGGAGAAUGAUGUUGAUGAAGUUGGAAGAAUUGCUCGUUUUAUUAAAGCAAAAAUCGAGGAACUUGACAAGGAGAACUUAGCCAACAGACAAAAACCCGGAUGUGGACAAGGAACCGGAGUAGAUCGAUCAAGAACAUCAACUACACUAUCCUUAAAAAAGAAAUUUAAAGAAAAGGUGACAGGAUUCCAGAGUCUAAGAGAAAGCAUACAUCAAGAGUAUCGUGAGGUUGUUGAAAGACGCGUCUUUACAGUAACUGGAACUAGAGCCGAUGAAGAGACAAUUGAUCAACUAAUAGAGACAGGAAAUAGCGAACAAAUUUACCAAAAAGCAAUUCAAGAACAAGGGCGAGGUCAGGUGAUCGAUACACUUGCAGAGAUUCAAGAACGACAUGAUGCAGUAAUAGAAGUAGAAAGGAAGCUUCUUGAUUUGCAACAGAUCUUUACAGAUUUCGCUAUUCUAGUGGAUUCCCAAGGGGAAAUUCUAGACAACAUAGAGGCACAGGUGUCGAGUGCGGUAGAUCAUGUGGAAAGUGGCAAUAAAACCCUUGAGAAAGUGAAGAAAUUACAGAAGAAGUCAAGAAAAUGGAUUUGUAUUUCUAUUAUGAUUUUGCUUUUAGUUAUAGCAAUUGCUCUUGUUGUUGUACUUAAAGGAACGAAGUUGCUUGAUUCACUAUGA